UUUAUCGGGCCAUUCGGCAAGCACAGUAAGCUAACAGUUGAAAACUUACUAGAAACACUUUGCAUUUUAUUAUUCGUGUGUUUUCUUGACAAGGGACCCGUUUUUGUACAUUUAAAAAGGUACGGUACUUAAGUCUAUGAUACGGAUAAGCGGUUGGUGUGGUGUGGUCACGGUAGACACUGCGCCGCCUAAUGAGAAACACAGUAGCUGGAGCUAAUGUUAGCUGCUAGCAGCUUAGCAAUUCUGAUUUCUCAUGUCGAUGUGUAAGACAUGAAACAUUUGUUUCAUUUCAGUUGAAUCCCUCGUUUCGAAUUACAAUGUUUUGCAGCACUGGUCAACCUUAUUAGUCUUCCUUAUGCCAUUAAAAAAAAAAAAAAAAAAGGUUACACGUGAUUUUUGACAGACAUGGCUGCGGAUUGGCUGGGUAGUUUGGUGUCAAUCAACUGUGGACCAACACUGGGAGUCUAUCAAGGAGAGGUAUCAUCAGUGGACCAGUCCUGUCAAACCAUUUCGCUCAGGCAACCUUUCCACAACGGAGUCAAGUGCCCAGUUUCAGAAGUUACAUUCAGUGCCAUUGACAUAAAGGACCUCAAGAUCUUAGAAAUCAGAGUUGGAAAUGCUCAGAACAACUCUUCAGCGUCGACUAAUACAAGCAGUACUCCGGUUGCAGUACCAAAAGGUGAUCUUCGGACAGUAGAGAUAGUCAACUCUCUGCAGCACUGCUCCAAAAGCUAUGGAGACCGCCAUCUGGAUGUCCCUAAGGGCUUCAGGCGAAGACACAACUCCUGGUCGUCAAGCAGUCGAGGUGCAAAUCAAGCCACCCCCAAAAAGAAUGGGUUGAAAAACGGGAGUAGCCAGAUGAAGCAAAGGGACGAUGAGUGCUUCGGGGACGCCAUGGACGACGGCUUGGAUACGGACUUUGAUUUUGAAGGAAACUUGGCCCUUUUCGACAAAGCAGCUGUUUUUUCAGAGAUUGACACGUCAGAGCGUCGUAAUGGGGCAAGGUCACGGGGUACCCCUCACGAGCAGACUCCCUCGCGGUACCGCCACGACGAGAACAUUAUUGAGGGCAAACCUAUAGUGUACAGACAGAUAACAGUACCACAGCCUGGACCCAAAGAAUACUGCACUGACUCUGGACUGGUUGUACCUAGUAUAGCUUAUGAACUGCACAAGCGUCUGCUAUCAGUCGCAGAGCGAUAUGGCCUCACGUUCGAGCGGCGAGUUGAGAUGACUGGCGUGUGUGCGAGUCAGAUGGCGCUCACACUGCUUGGUGGGCCUAACAGAUUCACGCCAAAGAAUCUUCACCAGCGUCCCACAGUAGCACUGCUGUGUGGGCCGCAUGUGCAAGGGGCUCAGGGCAUCAGCUGUGGUCGUCACCUGGCCAAUCACGAAGUUGAGGUCAUCCUGUUCCUUCCGAACUUUGUCAAGAUGCUCGACUCUGUCACCAGCGAGCUCACUCUGUUUAAUAAGACUGGCGGCAAGAUAGUGUCAAACAUCAAAGACCUGCCAGAUACCCCUGUGGAUCUAAUCAUCAACUGCCUUGACUGCCAUGAGAACACAUUCCUGAUGGAUCAGCCUUGGUACCGAGCAGCUGCAGACUGGGCUAACCAGAACCGGGCGCCGGUGCUCAGUUUAGAUCCUCCUGUUACUGGACAGGGACUGGCAGUGGAGGCCAAGUGGUCCCUCUCCCUUUGCCUCCCCCUUCCUCUCGCAGAGGGGGCUGGCAGGGUUUACCUGUGUGACAUAGGUAUUCCCCGCCAGGUGUUUCAGGAAGUGGGCAUCAAGUAUCUUUCUCCUUUUGGGUGCAAAUUUGUCAUCCCGCUGCACUCAGCAUAAUGGGACGGAUCACUCAUAGAAGCUUUAACCAUCCUGGACAUUAUGAGAGCUUUAUAUUCCUGAGCCUCAAAUGUUGUGUGGUUUAUCCAUACAGCUACUGACUUUUCAAUAUGAAUGAAUGUGACCUCACUCUCAUUCUGGAGGACCAUUGUUUAGUUGCAUUAAUUGUUCAAGACUACAUGCUUGUUUAGAUUGAAGCGCAAACAGCUUUCAAUUUGAGGUUAUUAUGAGAGGCUGCACUAAUUAUGUAGAUACUAUUGUAUCUAUGUAAUACGUGGAUGAAGAGCUUAUUUGAAAAUCUCUUGUUCAUAUAUUGUAAUGUUAAGUUUUGUUGGACAAUCUUCGACUUGAACAUAGUUAUAUAAAUGCCAUCCAAAGCCAUCGAGUGAUUUAACAAUAUUUCUUACAUUUUAGUCCACAGAAAUAACUUUAAAGAAACUGGUAGCUACUGAUUUACAAGGAUAAUAAUUUCUUGAUGAAUAACUAAAAGUAAUACAUGUAAAACUUUCUUGAUAAAUAACUAAAACGUACAAAACGUAUGUUCAAAAGUUGAAGAACAAAAAAUCUGUGUUGCAUUUAUGGAUGGAUGACACAAAAAUGAAAGAUACAACCCAUUUUGAAGAUGUUUGAUGGGUAUUAGGGGUAUUGCUUCCUGUGUUACUAAUAGUGAAUUUGAAGUCAGAGUUGAGCAUAUGCUGUGAAACAGAAUUCAGGUUUGAAGAGGACACCUUACUGGUUUGUGUUUGCGCUGGAGCCUUGUCAGAGGACAGGGAAAAAGGCUCAUUCUAUAAUGGGACCAUAUUUGUUUGUGCACGACUCAAUUUGUUGAAACGCAUUGGGGCAUAUUCUCCCGUGUGCCUACGGUCAUUCCGCUGUCCACUUUGGUAAUUUCCCCACCUUCUUGCCAUUUACGCACACUUGGUGGAGUAACCCUGAAGUGUGGGCAUUCCCUCUCAUAUCGAGCAAAGCGUGUGUUCUCCCAAUGACUGAAGAGGGUUUCCUUCCUCAAUUGCACUCCAGAGGCAGUAGUAAGUCUAACGCUGAUUGCACUUUCAGUUAACUGCUUCGGUGCUCUGAUGGCCCACCUGGCGCGGUGGAUGACUCGUGCUGAUGGGGGCGGUAGACACCUGGCCCAUAUAUGCUCACAGACUGCCCCACCAUCAUAAUGUGUCCCUGCCACAUUACAACAAUGGCUGAGGUCGGUCUCUCUCUCAGGUGUCUACUGCCCCCAUCAGCGCGCUCUCUCUCGCUCUCUCUCUCUCUCUCUCUCUCUCUCUCUCUCUCUCUCAGAUAAAGUAUUCAGACCCCCUUAAAUUUUUCACUCUUAUUAUAUUGCAGCCAUUUCCUAAAAUCAUUUAAGUUCAUUUUUGUCCUCGACGUACACACAACACCCAAUAUUGACAGGAAAAAAAACUGAAUUGUUGACAUUUUUGCAGAUUUAUUAAAAAAGAAGUACUGAUAUAUCACACAGCCAUAAGUAUUCAGACCCUUUGCUCAGUAUUUAGUAGAAACACCUUUUGAGCAAAUACAGCCAUGAGUCUUUUUGGGAAUGAUGCAACAAGUUUUUCACACCUGGAUUUGGGGAUCCUCUGCCAGUCCUCCUUGCAGAUCCUCUCUAUUUCUGUCAGGUUGGAUGGUGUACGUUGGUGGACAGCCUUUUUCAGGUCUCUCCAGGGAUGCUCAAUUCAACAACAGUGACGGAGUUGUUCUCCUUGUAUAUAUUUUCCUCCUUCGUUGUUUUAGCUGUGUGCUCGGGUCAUUGUCUUGUUGGAAGGUGAAACUUUGGCCCAGUCUGAGGUCCUGAGCACUCUGGAGAAGGUUUUCAUCCAGGGUAUCCCUGUACUUGGCCACAUUCAUCUUUCCUUCGAUUACAAAGGGUCUGAAUACUUAUGGCUGUGUGAUAUUUCAGUUUUUCUUUUUUAAUAAAUCUACAAAAAAAAGUUUUUUUCUGUCAAUAUGGGGUGAUGCGUGUAGAUUAAUGAGGAAAAGAAUUACUUAAAUGAUUUUAGCAAAUGGCUGCAAUAUAACAGAGUGAAAAUUUUAAGGGGGUCUGAAUACUUUAAUAACGGACUUUAUUUUUUUUCUACCUGCGAGGAGCAUUUCCGUAUUGCGGCUGUGGCUUGUAGUUCUUCCUGAAAGCGCCCCUCACAAAAACUGCAGUCAUCUUAAUGGCGAGAUGGUGAGUUACAUUUUGAAUCAUUUGUUUUUAUUUUAUCUAUAUCAUUGUCGGUUGUGAAUUGCAUUUAAGUGACUCCCUCGUGUGUGGCGCUAGCCUAGUUGCUGGGCAAAGCUGAUCAACAACAGCUGGCUCACUUUUUUUUUCUAUUGCUUGGCCGGCUCCAAACGUGUUCAAUCAUGAGAACAGUAUUGUGAUUAAAUUACUUUAAUUAGCAGAAUACAAUAGUAGUACAGAAUACAAAAACAUGCUCCUUCAAAGUAGCCUGCAACCUGAGCGGUGCAUGUCUCACUGGAGACGAUUGACUUCAUAUCCACUACAGGACUUAUUUUCACAUUUGAAGUGUGACUUUUUCCAAAUAUUUAUGACAUUCGUGCGUCUCAGGAAAAUUCCACGAUGCAGGAAUUCCUUCGAGUCACAGACUUCACUGAGUCACUCCUUUUGUGUCUGUGUGCCCAUAUUUGCACGGUACCACAGUGGGUGUGUCAGAAGUCAUUAUGACAGAAUUGGCGCACCUUGACAGUGCCCAAGACAGGCAUGUAUAAAAAAACAAAAACAAAGACUUGUGCACCAACGGGAGAAUAUGGCCCAUUCUUCACAUAUUUACACUUUUUCAGUUACCUUGAUAUGAUUUUGAGUUCUUUUUAAUUUAGAGAAUACCCAAGUGUAUUACCAUAGGAUUAGGAAGCACUUGCUUAAUACUGUAUUUGUGUCAGCAUUCUUAUCUCAUUUUUGCAGCAUUCCAGAGCCUCGGGCAUGUUGUUACAAAUAUGAUGUAUUGACCAGCAUUAAGGAUUGUGAACCAUUGUGAAUGACUCUUCUUUGAUUUGCCAGUGUAGCUGUGAAUCUCACGCAUCCAGUAUUCUGCUGUAAUUGUGGCUUUCUCAUUUUCUUUGGCCGAGAUGUGCUGAAGCUGUUCAGAAAUGUUUGUACUGUACGUGUUUGUUUUUCACUUUGACUAUCACCUUUUAAUAUUUUUUUUUUGGUCUAGAAGAGAUUGUUUGCAUUUCAACUAAGUCUUAUCCGUGUACUUUUUGCCCAUGUUUUCUAAAGUGUGUAACACCUGCAGA